UCAUAAACUCAACUUUUAAAUCAUCAAAUAUUGUAAAUUUAACGUACGUAGCCAUGAAGAGACAAAGAGAAGUUGAAGGGUUAGAAAACAUAAAUCUAGCAAAUUGUCUAAUGAUGCUUUCUUAUCCCCAACAACAACAAAGGAAUAGAUUACCAGAGCUAAAAAGUUAUGGGCCUGUAGAAUAUGAGUGCAAAACAUGCAACAAAAAAUUCUCAUCCUUUCAAGCACUAGGUGGACACAGUGCUAGCCAUAAAAGGUCAAAACUAGAAGGUGGUGAAUUCAUGAAAACAAAUGCUACAUCUUUGAGUUUGGGAAAUAAACCCAAAAUGCAUGAAUGUUCAAUUUGUGGACAAGAGUUUUCUUUGGGGCAAGCACUAGGUGGACACAUGAGAAGGCAUAAAGCUAUGAUCAACCAAGAGUUUUCUUCAAUGGAAAAAGUUGUUGUGAAAUUACCAGUUUUAAAGAGAUUGAAUAGUGUAAGAGUUAUGUGCUUGGACUUGAACUUGACACCGUUGGAGAAUGAUUUGAAGUUAUUGUUUGGAAAUAUGGCUUCGAAUCUUGAUGUUUUGGUCUGAUUCUUUUUAUUUAAAUUCUCUUUGUAAUGAUCUCUGAUUUUUUUUAUAUGAUUCUUUUUUGUAUUUAAUUCGUCCGGCAGUAGCAUAUAUUCUUUCAAUUAUUAAGAAGAAAUUAUUUUUUUUAACAUACCUGCUGCAAUUGUUUUUUAUAAUGAAAAACAGUAUUAAAGGAAAUAUCUAAUUUUUUAAUAAGCAAACAAUGCUUAAUAAAGGACCAGGGGCUACUCGAUCUUAAUAAAAAGAGAGAUCAAGUGUACAAAGUCUGGCAAGCGAAUGGAUUAAUAAACCACUUGUUCCUAUCUCAUUAAAGAGUUUCAUUUGAUCUAACCCCUGCCCAAUCCCAAGAGAGAGUUUUGGCCAAAACAAUAAUAUCAUUUACACCAUUAUG